AUGGGAGAGACACCCUCUAACGCUAUAUUGGAUGUUUCUACGGAUCGCCAGAACAUAUUUAAAGAUGGCCAGCUGUCAGACGGUAUGGAUUCCACCUUGUUAUCGGAUUCGGCAACAUUCUCACACCCUCCGAACACCGAUUUCCCGAACACCUGCCUUAACGGUGACAUUAACUUCUCUUUGAACAACGAGGAAGAGUUCAUAAACUUGAUUCAUUCUCAAUCUUUUGAAGACUACGUCAGGAGUACGGAUAGCACACUGCUACGCAGAUACUCAUGCCCAUGUUUUCACACAGAUUUUAAUUUAAACGGCUUUAACUUUCCCGAAGAUUUAAACACCUGUGGUCCCGCCCUUUCGUCGGAAAGAGCCCCCAACGGUAGGAACAUGACGCGAUGCAGAAGGACUGAACCCAUGAAGUGCUGCAAUCACCUCAGAAAUAACACCUGGGGGAGUCUGAUCUACAGAUUCCGCAAGUUCUGCUUAGAGUCUAACAAGAAUUGCCUGACUAAGCCCCUGGCUUUGGUAACUGAUCCUAACACCUCUCUGAGGAAUACAGAUUUACACUCGAAACCUGUGGACAAGCCCCUUAAGCGAUUCGAUGGCGACUCGAUCCAAUACGCAGUAUUCAAGCCCAUUAAUCUAUCCAUAAACAAGACUAAUUCUCUGAACGGAUUUGUUGCCAGCAAGGAGGAAAAGGAGGACGUUGUGUUUGUCGUAAAGAGCUCCACUGGUCACCCGAUAACAAAAUACGGCCUGACCAGAAUUAUAAGUUGCACUAAGCGUCAGGAGUACGAGGUGGUGGACCACAACACGGGCGACUACUACCUUCUCAAGCUGACCAACGACGUCAACAUUUUCAACAUUUACGAAACCGUGUUUGACCAGCCACACCCGAACCUUGUGGAGGUAACCCAACUUCUUACCAACGUAGACUCCAGUUACUCUGAAAGCCCACGUCCCAAGCAAAAAAAUGGUCAAAUCUACUAUAUUCUCCUCAACAGCUUUAAGCACAUGGCUCUCACCGACUAUCACAUAAACACGCUACCAAGCCUGAUCAACUUUAAGGUGCUCAAAAUGAUAGUUAAGGGCCUGCUCAAGGCCCUCGUGUAUCUGCACUCGAGAUCGCUGGCCCUCACUAAGCUAACCAUGAAGUCGGUGAUCAUUUGCAGGUCACACGAAGACGAGUUCUGCAACGGCGACGACGUGGUCGCGAAGAUCGUCGACCUCGACGACGCGAAGCUCUCGAGGAGCCCGAAGGAAUACCAGAACGACAUUAGGCUGGUAGGAAACCUGCUCUACGCCUUCAUCGAGGGCAGGCAUCUCCAGUCCAACCACGUGUUCAAGUCGAGCCUGUGGACGGCCAGCCCACAAAUGUUCGACUUCUGCAUAACCGCGCUCGCAAAGCUGACGGCCUUCAACUCCGCCACCGAGGCGCUCAUCCACCCGUGGAUUACCUCUCUAGAUUAA